GAGCAGUAGCGGCAUGUUUCUGUCACAUGACUCGCAGUUAAACGUCACAUGUCAACAUGGCUGCCGCUGUCUCCGGCGAAGAUUUUACCAACUUACAGCUUCUGUUAAAGGCUCCGUCUAAAGAUGCAGUCAGAGACGUUUGUGUUCAGAGUCACAGAGCUCCGAGUCGCCGGCUCGCUGAGACCACGGCGUCGGCGUUCAGUAUCCCUGCAGCCCAGGCUGCACAGCUGGUCCAGUCUCUCCACGUCCUGUCUCAUCACGUCCUCUUCUACAACCUCAGCUCCCCGGAGCAGAUCCUCGCGCUCUUCCCCGAGUCCUUCCACUCCAGUCUGAAGAACCUGAUCACUAAGAUCCUGCUGGAGAACAGUCCAACAUGGAGGACGGAGGCCGUCAGUGAUCAGAUCUCUCUCCCUCAGCUGAAGGAGUUGGACUGGAGGGUCGACAUGGUGACCGGCUCGGACUCGGUCAGUCGAAUGUCGGUGCCGACCUGCCUGGUUCAGCUGAAGAUGGAGGAUCCGUGCCCGUCGGCGGGCGGCGAGUCGGUUUCCACGGUGACGGUGGAGCUGAGCAGAGAGUCUCUGGACACCAUACUGGACGGACUGGGACGCAUCAGAGACCAGCUGUCUGUGGUCGCUGGGAAAUAAAGACUCAGAGGAUCUGACAUUAAACAUCUUCACGUUCGAUCGUCGUCGUCUUGUUUCUCUCUUUGUUUUUCCCUGAACUCAUGAGAAAUGUACAGAUUUAGAUUUUGAUAACUGUUUUCUUAUAUCUCAACGUCUAACGCUUAAAAACCACAAAAAGUCUCAGUGUACAGUUGUUUCAUCAGUUACUCUGCUUUUGUAUUUUUUCAUUAUUUCGAUUUUUUCUUCCAGUGAUGAAUGUGUCAUAAACAUUACGAUUAAAAAUUCCUUUUUCAUUUCCUGAUGAAAAUAAACUUCUCUUCUAAAACCUGA